UGGUGUGUCUGGUCUGACUGUGGUCUCUCCCAUGUCUCUGUGGUGUGUCUGUUCAUGGUCCAGCUGAUAUUCCCAUGUGCUGACCCCAGGGUGCAGUAUCGUGGCAUUGGUUGCUGUGUGUUUCCAUGUGAACAGCCUGCUGGGCUGGCCUGUCUGUGAAGGGAUGACCAGAGAGAAAAGCCUGCUGUGUAAAUGGAUGACCAAGGCAGAGAGGGAGGAUCUUCUUAACAGCAGUGACCGCCGCCCAGAUCCACAGCCCUAUUUAACCAGCUUGGCUGUCUCCUAUAGCAUCACACUCACACUGGAUACUACAGGAGGAUCCUACAGGAGGAUACUACAGGAGGAUACUACAGGAAGAUACAACAGUAGGAUACUACAGGAGGAUCCUAAAGGAAGAUACUACAGGAGGAUCCUACAGGAGGAGCCUACAGGAAGAUACUACAGGAGGAUCCUACAGGAAGAUACCACAGGAGGAUCCUACAGGAGGGAGACUGAGCCUGACACUCUCUGGAGGUAGACUGACACUGAUAGUGUAACAGAGCUGUGAUCCUGACAGAGCUCGUGUAAUGUGGGUCGUUGAACAGAUCCGUGUUUCAGUGGCCAAAAACAGCCUUCUGCUGCCAAUAGCGGAGUACAGCCUCCACAUCUCAGACAUCGUGUUGGGAGAGAGCACAUCUCGGGAGAAAGGAAGGAAAACGAUCUCUCUGUGUCCUAACGUCAUCACUCCGAAUACUAUCCCUGAGUUCUGCAUCCCACCGAAGAUCUCGCCACAGCAGGAGCUAAAGACAGUGGACUGGAGUAAAACUAGCCCUGUUGGAAAGGUGUCCUUUUCACCUGAGAAGGGCAGCAGCCCGGAGAUGGAGGUAACAGUGAGAGAACCCUUCAUCAACACUCAUCCAACCCUCAUCCAGGUAGAGAGCGUGGACGAGACUCCAUACGACCAGGGCUUCAGUGAUGAGGAGAGUACCAACGCUGACCCCCAGAGCCAAGCAGCUCUCUCCCUGCCCCACCUGGCCAAGGUCCAGACCUGCUACGGUUUCUGUACCCUCCUGGAGAGCCCCCACACCCGGAGGAAAGAGUCUCUGUUCCACAGCCACCCCAACGCCUGCCCCCUCCCCCUGAUCGCUGCCUCUCCCGGGCCUCGCGGCCGCUUCAAAACUUACUCCUCCAGAACCUCACCUCUACCCCACUCCCCGUCAUCUUCCUUCAGCCUCACCAAGCUGACCACCAGCAGGCUGUCUCCUGGAGGCUCCAGGCUGGUGGCUCUCCAGAGACAGAGCACCCUGGACAGUGACACCACCUCCUCCGCCGAGUCCUCCCCCUUCAGCUCCCCUCUCCUGGCCAGGCCGCCUCCCAAGUCCUCCCUGCUCAAAGCCCUGAGCCACGACAGACUGCUGUCCCGGACUAUGAGAAAAGCUAUGCUCUCCAGGAACAACUCUCUGUCCACGGAUGAAGGCAGCUCCACGGACAACAGCCCCAAUAUCAUCCGAAGGGCCUCUGAUGCUGGAUUAGUAGAACCCCUUCCCAGUGCCUUCACCCUGGCUCCCCCUGCUAUCUUCCCCAUAGACCUCGUCCUCCACAGAGAGAGGGUCACGAAGGAGAGUCUACUUCCUGUAGGUAGAGAGGGGGCACUACGGCUCUCAGCAGAGUACUGCCUAGACAACCAGAGACUCAGAGUGAGGUUGAUCAGUGCUGAGGGACUGUAUGCGAUCUCUGUGGAUCCUAAGAGCAUCAACUGCAGCAUCAGUAUCUGUCUGUUACCGGGGAAGAUUCAGAAGCAACGCAGCGCGGUAAUUAAGAGGAGCAGGAACCCCGUCUUCAACGAGGAUUUCUUCUUCUAUGGUAUCUCACAGGAAGACAUCUGCUGCCGGUCGCUGCGGUUCAAAGUUGUCAACAAAAUGGCCUCCAUGAAAAGGGACUAUAUUUUGGGAGACUGUGAGAUUUUGCUGAAAAGUUUAUUAUCUAUGUAAAAAUUAUUGAUUGGCUUGAAUGUAUAUAAGAAAUAUUUUUU